AUGUGCCACGCUGUCACGCGCGCACGGCGCCGGGAGGUGCAGGAGCAAGCAUCCGAUGCAUACUACGUGUUGAGCUGCAUCAAUCAGUACGAGUUCCCAACGAAACCCAGGGACGAGGAGAGGCAGCGUUUUCUACGGAACACGAUGGUCUUGAGAGGAACCUUGUGGCCGCUUCUUGAAGACCAAGAAAUCCACGAGACACAGCGCCAUCAACUGCACAUUCUGACGGCAAAUCUGGCAUACCAGCUUCGGCUGCAGCGCCGCAAGGCAGUAUGGCCGGUGGCUGUAAGCAUCAUCUGGUUCCUGAUCGCAUUCAUCAUCUCGGUUGUAACAGCUUUCGCUGAUCUCGGCGACAAUACCAAGGCGCAUUCACUCGCUCUGGGACUCCUUCUCAGCUGGCUACCUGUCAUUGUGGUUACUAGCAUCGUUGAUCGUAAUCCAGUCUCCGCGACAAGAUGUGCGACAUUGAUUCAACGCUGGUUAUACAACGUUUCCGCUGUGGUACCUGUCACUAUCGCACCGUCAGUGCCCCUAUGGACACAAUCAAUUGAGGAGGCGCUCGAGAAGCCUAUGGACCAAUUCGACAUCGGAGCCUUCGUCGGUCAAGGACGGCGCCUACGCUACUGUGGCAUUGUCAACGGGGUCCUCGAUAAGAUCAAGUACGAGGAUGAAAAGCAUCUCCGUCUUGCCGAUCUGACAGCCAACGCCACACCCAACAGCUUCGAAGCCUGUAUCAGAAGCCGGCCGCGAUCGUGGUAUAUUAUCUGGCUGCUUAGCCAGGCAAUUGUCAUCAUGGCUUUCUCCAUGGCAUUCGAGGUAUCCUUCAACACACCAACUAUCGGUUUCGGUUGUCGCUCACUAGCAUACUUCAUUUGGUUUUUGGUCAGCAGUGUCUCUUGGGUCAUCUUGGGCAUCUGGCAAGAACCAUCUGAUCUUCUCCGCUGUAUAAGUUGGUUCACGAACGGGUUUAGUGCCCUCGCUCUUUUCACGAUCAUGAUGCUGCAGCUCACGAAUGGGCUUAACAGUUGUCUUUGCAAAGUUAGCGUAUUUGGCAGCAGAACCUACGGUGGCUACAUGGACUUUGAGAACGGAGAAUUCUACCAUCGGCACUAUCAUGUGCAAAAAUACUGGAUUCCUGCAUCUGUGUUUGGACUGUUGAGCUGUUCUGCACCCAUCUUCUGGGCGGUAAGGAGAUGGAGCAAAAGUUCGAGUCUGUGGAAAGUGAGUGAAGAUUUGCUACUAGAACAAAUGGAAGGCCUGAAGUUGGAUUGGUUGACCUGA